UGCAGGGAAGCGACGCUGAAACACAGCUGGAUGAUAUAAAGACAAAAAAAGCGACAGGCAUCCUUUUGUAGAUGAACCUCCAGUUCACACCUCCAACCCACUGCAGCUUUUUCUCCUCCCAUUUCUUUUCCUCGAUAGUUGAGUUGUCGAUAGUGGAGUCGAACCGCGUCUGACUGCAUCGCCUCUGCGUCUUCAAUCUGUUUUCCUCUCCUUCUCUUCCUGAUAAUGGCAACCACAGUGCUGUGAAAGUGUUUUUUGGGGGGGAGGAUGGGAGAGUGGAUCGACCUGCUCAAAGUUCUUUUGUUGUGAUCUGUCCGCUUCACCAUCGCUGCUCGAUUCCCUGAUUAUGUUGAGGUGUGGGAUUUUUCUCCAAGCCAAGGCAGUUGAUGUUACUUUAUCAGGAUGCAGCAGGAAGAUGAAGUUGAGUACUUUCAGUAGCCGUCGGCGCGAGCUCUGAUAUGAGAUAGGCGACCUGCAUCUGCAACAUUGGCUGUGAUCCUCAGAUCAGAGUGGCUCAGACGCAUUCAUUUUUAUUUUCGUGGACAACAGCCAGAGAGCAAGAUGAGGUGUCUGUGUGACUUUUUAAAUUGCACCUAAGAGAGAGGAAGACAGAGAGAGAGGGAGACAGAGAGAGAGAGAGAGAGAGGGAGAGAGAGAGUGAGUGGAUCUUUUUUCUUUACCCUGUUGUUGCUGCAGGAAGCAACGUUUUUCUUUCUUCGGCAGCCUAAACGAGUUGGGAUUCUUGCAUCCCGAGAGGAGACCGGGAACUCUGUUAAAACAAAGAAAGCAGAGUGGUCUUCUUCCUCUCUAUCGCUACCUUGAAAAUAUACGAAACCGCGUUAGAAAAUGAAGAAGUUUAGGAAGGUGUUGGACGGCUUGACCACCUCCUCUCCGGGAGGGACUAUCGGAUCCCCAUCGUGCGGCAGCGCGGCAGGGACUCCCACCGCAGCGCCAACUCCCAAGGAAAUCGACAUCCAAGAGACGCUAGUGUCGGAAAACUUUCAGCUGUGUAAGACAGUACGUCAUGGUUUCCCUUACCAGCCCACUGCUUUGGCCUUUGACCCUGUGCAGAAGAUCCUGGCCAUAGGCUCCAGAUCAGGCGGUGUACGGAUACUGGGACGACCCGGGGUGGACUGCUACUGUCAGCAUGAGAGCGGAGCAGCUGUUCUUCAGCUGCAGUUUCUCAUCAAUGAGGGGGCGCUUGUCACAGCCUGCGCAGAUGACACGCUACAUUUGUGGAAUCUCCGUCAGAGGCGGCCAGCUGUGCUGCAUUCACUCAAAUUCAACAGAGAGAGGAUCACGUUUUGCCACCUUCCCUUUCAGAGUAAAUGGCUGUAUGUGGGGACGGAGCGCGGAAACACACACAUCGUCAACAUCGAGUCCUUCAUUUUGUCCGGAUACGUCAUCAUGUGGAACAAGGCCAUAGAACUAUCAACUAAAACUCAUCCAGGACCUGUGGUUCAUUUGAGCGACAGCCCAAAGGAUGAAGGCAAGCUGCUUAUAGGGUUUGAGAGUGGGACAAUCGUGCAGUGGGACCUCCGGGGAAAGAAGGCCGACUUCAGAAUCUAUUACGAUGAGGCCAUUCAUUCAGUCAGCUGGCAUCAUGAAGGGAAGCAGUUCAUGUGCAGUCACUCAGACGGCAGCCUGACGAUGUGGAACCUCAGAAACACCACCAAGCCAUUCCAGGUCACCUUCCCUCAUGGAAAGAUACAGAAGGAUGGGAGAAAGGAGUCGUGUAAACCCAUACUCAAAGUAGAGUACAAGACUUCGAGGAACAGCGAGCCUUUUAUUAUCUUCUCUGGGGGUCUUUCAUAUGACAAGGCAGGACGACGGCACACGUUAACGAUCAUGCACGGCAAGGCCAUCACUGUGCUAGAGAUGGACUAUCCUAUUGUAGAGUUUAUGGCCCUCUGCGAGACUCCUUACAACAACGAGGUCCAGGAGCCUUACGCAGUGGUGGUGCUUUUGGAGAAGGAUUUAAUUGUGGUGGAUCUGACGCAGAGCAACUUCCCUGUCUUUGAGAACCCUUACCCCAUGGACAUCCACGAGUCUCCGGUUACCUGCACAGCCUAUUUUGCAGAGUGUCCGCCCGAUAUUAUCCCCAUCCUCUACUCUAUAGGAGCUAAACACAAGAAGACCGGCUACAGCCAAAAGGAGUGGCCGAUCAGUGGAGGAACGUGGACAUUAGGCUCCCACACCUACCCAGAGAUAAUCAUCACAGGACAUGCCGACGGAUCAAUUAAGUUUUGGGAUGCAUCUGCAAUCACACUUCAGAUGUUGUACAAGCUGAAGACCUCCAAAGUGUUUGAGAAGCCAAAGCCAGGUGAAGGCCGGGCAGCUGAAUUGGUGGAGGAGGAUCCCUUUGCUAUUCAGAUGGUCAGCUGGUGCCCCCAGAGUCGCAUCUUCUGCGUGGUUGGCAUUUCAGCCCACAUAAUCCUGUACCGCUUCAGCAAAUAUGAUGCCAACACUCAGAUAGUGUCACUAGAAGUGCGUCUACAGUGUGAGUCGGAAGAUGUCAUCUCUCCCUCCGAGAAUGAAAACAAUCCCUGCUUCUCAGAGCCCGGCUCCCAUUCACCGCAGCCUCACCACCACCACCAACACCACCAUCAACACCACCACCAACACCCAGCCAGCCCCAGCAGUGGGACCCCUGAGGGUGUCAAAGACAGCGUCCCCUGCCUUAAGGUGAAAGACCGGAUGGUUCGGGUCCCUCCUGGCUACCAGGCAGAGCUGGUCAUUCAGCUCCUAUGGGUAGAUGGAGAACCUCCACAACAGAUCACCAGCCUGGACAUCAACUCUGCCUAUGGCCUAUUGGCGUUUGGGAACUGUAACGGCAUAGCGGUGGUGGACUACUUGCAGAAAACCAUCGUGUUGUGUAUGUCAACACUGGAUCUGUAUGGAGCCGCCGACCCCUACCAGCGUCUCACCCGCUCCCCCCGCAGGAACAGACAGUCCACCUCAGGCCUUACUGAACUCUCUGACAACCAGCAGUCCAUUGACAUGGAAAGAAGCAAGUCGCCCACAUCAGUUCAUUACCCAACCUCCCUUCACAAUGACCCACGCGUCCUGCCAGAGCCUGUGGCCAGUCUGAGAGCCAGCCACUGCAGUCCAGUCUUUUACUUACUGGACAAUGUUAAGGGACCCGGCAGAAAGUUAAGUCUGCCAACAGAUCUUAAGACUGAUCUUGAUCAUGUCAAUGGACAUUGCACUAGCCCCACCUCCCAGCCGUGCUCGGCAGGGAAGCCUCGCGUCCCGAUGGGUCCCGAGGGGCCACGGCUUACCCGCAGAGGCCCUGGCCGACCGCCCUUCCGCAAGGCCCAGUCUGCCGCUUGCAUGGAGAUCUCUUUGCCUGUGUCCCACACUGAAGGUUAUGCAUCCAGGAGGGCAAUGCUUCAGCAGUUACAUGGAGUCACUAUGUACUCCCACGAUGAGCACCACACCAGCGCCCCCUACUGCUGGAGCGAAAGAGAGAGUCGUGAAAACUCCUUCAGCCGUUCGCGCAGCUCCAGCGUGUCCAGCAUUGACCGGGACACCAAAGAGGCUAUCACCACACUGCAGUUCGGCGAGUCCUACGGCCGCAAGAGUGACGCUGUGCCCACCCCAUGUCUGUGGGUGGGCACUAGCUUAGGCGUAGUCCUGCUCAUCCCAAUGUCCAUUCCCACUGACCAGGAGGAGAGGAUGGAGGAACCUGUGACAAUUGGCCCAAGCGGAGCAAUCCUGAUGCUCAAAGGCUCAGUGUUGCGAUUUGGCUUCUUGGACUGCAUGGGAGCACUCAUUCAGAGCCCCUACGAGGUUUGGCGGGACCCCAAUGCCCCCGAGGACCCCGACAGACCGCGCAAGCGCAAACUGGUCCACUUUUCACCAUCAUCCUCUCAGGACACUUGCGGAGAGGGACAUCUGGCCGUGGUGUGCUCUGAGAGGCAGGCCAAAGUAUUCUUGAUGCCCUCUCAGUCUUGCCUCUUUGUUCACAACAUCACUGAGUCAUCCUUUGUACUGAGGGCCGACGUGGUAUCUGUGUCCAACAGUGUGUGUCUGGCCUGCUUCUGUGCUAACGGACACGUCAUGACACUCAGUUUGCCAAGUCUGAGGCCGUUGAUGGAUAUAAAUUACCUGCCUCUGACAGACAUGCGCAUUGCAAGAACCUUUUGCUUCACCAACGGGGGGCAGGCACUGUAUCUCAGCUCCCCGACAGAGAUCCAGAGAAUUACGUACAGCCAGGAGAUGUGUGACAACUUGCAGGAGAUGCUGGGAGAGCUGUUUACACCAAUAGAAACACCAGAGGCCCAGAACAGAGGCUUUCUAAAGGGCUUCUUUGGAGGAAAUGCCAACACCUUCGACAGAGAAGAGCUUUUUGGUGAGGCAGCAGCUGGGAAGGCGUCUCGGAGCCUAGCCCAGCACAUCCCCGGGCAGGCGGGGAUGGAGGGCAUGAAGGUGGCAGCCAGUGGAGCGGUGGGUGAGCUGGCCCGGGCCCGCAUUGCUCUGGAUGAGAGAGGCCAAAGGCUGGGGGAGCUGGAGGAACGAACCGCCCUGAUGAUGACCAGUGCAGAGACCUUCUCCAAACAUGCCCAUGAGCUGAUGCUCAAGUGCAAGGACAAGAAGUGGUACCAGUUCUAAUAGCAGGACGGAGGGUGGAGGCUGCCCCUUGGACUGCUGGGAACCUUAUGCCGGGACAGGGACUUUCACUCUACAAACGAGAGCAAUUAAAAGAGAGACUCAGGAGUGAUUUUGUCUUUACGGCUUGAAGACUGGCUAUAUGUACGGCACCGUCACAUUGUUGAAGGAUGGGGACGGGCGAGUUCCUUGUCUAGACGUGUAGUGAGGAGGAGGAGGGAAAGAGAAUGGCGGCAUUUGAAGGGCUGAAGAUGGAACUGGAAAUAUCUGACAAGUCUGUGUGUGUGCGUGUGUGUGUGUGUGUGUGUGUGUUUUCUUGACCUCACUGUGUAGAUACUCCAGCGUUAAGAAACCAACAAGAAAUGCAUGAAACAACAAUGGAUGACUAUUAAAAAUAUCCAACUGCCAUAUUAUAAAGCAGCAUGCUACUUUAACAGGAGAUACGAAAGUUAAAAAAAAAGUUUUAUUUAAUGAUGUAAGCCAACAACAGAGACUAUGAAAUACUUUAUAUUUUUUGAAAUAUUGACAGAAAACUCUAUAUAAAAAGAAAAAUGUAUACCUGCAUUGCUAUUAAGCCAAAACUUCUGUUCUUUUCCCUUUUUUAAAUUUUUCUUUUAGGUUCAUUUAAUUUUUUUUUAUUUUUUUCUUGGCAAAUAUUACUUGCCAAAAUAUAGUUACGCAGUUAGCUUUCUCUACACACACUUAGAAUAAUGCUAAAACUGUAUUCUUACAAUUUAGUCUGGGCUGCACAGUCUAAAAACAGAUCUGUAGUAUUUACACUUACCUCUGCACAGCCUAAUCACACUCUAAUCACACUCUAAUUUCACUGUAUGGCUGCUGCCAAUGACAAACGCAUUAAAUGAUGAUGAGGAAUAUCUCACUCCCCGACUACAGUCGCAUGAAAACAGAGUGCAGGCUCUCACGUUUGCAAAAGGCUGAAUGGGUGAAAUUCUGGACACAGUGUGUUUAUAUCUGUAGUAUGAACGUGUAUGCUAUUUAUGUGCCCUAAAAUAGGAGGUGAGUGAAUCCGCUCGCUGUAAACUAACUAAGAGCUAAUAUGUGGUCGUCAUCAUUUGUGUCCUGUGUGAUUAGAACAGAUGAGACAUCGUACUUGGAGUUGGCCAUGGAGGGCGUUUAUUAAAGUCAAACAAGCCAGUUUUCUUUAUGAAAAAAAAUAUACGAGGAUGUUUUUUUUUUUUUUUUUGUUCUUUUUCAUGUAUUCUUGGUUGUCGCUGGUUCACAUUUGAGUCUUUAGCUGCCUUUGUACGAGUUUAGUGAGACGUUGGGUUGUGUGUGUGUGUGUGUGUGUGUGUGUGUGAGAGAGAGAGAGAGAGAGAGAGAGAGAGAGUGCCACAAAUGUAAAAUGACUGGACUCUUUCUCUACCAAAGCAAUCAGAAAUGAAUGACACCCUCCCAUCUCUCUCCACCUCAGUCUUUUAAAAGUUCUUUGUAUUUUACCUGAGCUGUCUUCUCUCCACGAUCACAAACAAUACUUUUAACGACUGUCACUGUCUUAGCUAGUAUGAAGCGCAAAGUUGGAUACAUUUACACCGUUUGAUCGCUAUCGACAGAAGGUAUAGCAGAAGUAACAGUAUUUUUUUCAGUGAUGUUCAGAUGUGAGUCAGUGAAGAAACUAUGUACAUGUGUAAAACAUUUUCAGCUGAAGGCAAAUGUUUUUUUUUUGUUCAAUAUUGUUCCUGAUGACUAUAAUAUCCUUGUCGCAGUCCUAUAUUUGAUGGUGGUGGCCUCUCAACUGAAGGCUCUUGUAUGUUAAAAACAACAGAUGUUUCAUGAUACAUGGUUGUGUAUCAUAUUGUGAUUGUGUUGUAUGUGUCAAUGGGUAGCCACAUGGCACAGGCAAACAAGCAUUAAGUGAGCAGGAUAUUUUGUACUUGUGUAUUUGUCUGUACUUUGAAUUUAUCUGAAAACCAAACAGAGGAUUAUUGGUAUCCAUCUCGCACAUAUCAGGCCUUUAUGCACACAAGCAGUAACACAUAGAAAGCAUCGCGCCUUGAUCGUGUUGACGUAUGCACAGUGACACAUGCACUCAAAACUUAAAAAAAGACAAGAAACAAACAAACAAAACAAAACAAAAAAAAACAGACACAGCUGAAUCGAUCAGCCUGCUUCCUGUCAGGCUUCUGAGGCAUUCCUUAGGCUUUAAAAGGCCUUCAGCCCCUUUUGUUUUCACCUCAACUCACCUGAAAUCCUGAAGCCGUGAAAUCAUGUGGAUUUCAAGAAUUACACGAUUUGAUUCAAAGAGGAGGUGUCUUAAACAUGUCAGAAAAAUACAUUUCUCUCCUAUCUCUGUAUCGUCAAUGAGAUUUGUGUUCAGUGCAGUUCUUUCAGUGGCAGAGAAAACACAAAAAACAACCAAAAAUGGAAAAAAAAAAAAUCAGACUUCUACUGACAGGGUGUUUUGUUAGUAUGUUUUUGGUUUGUACGUUUUUGGUUUUUAUAUUAACUGUACAGUUCAAUCCUGGGAGAAAGAUGAAACAAAAAAAUGCUAAAAAAAGAUAAAGACAUUCUUGGGAUAUUUUUUCUCUGUAUAUGUUGUACCUGUUCCUGCUGGUACUGUAUCUGGUAUUCUGGCUCUGUCUAAAUCACUGGGACUCUGUAGUUCGUCACACUGUAGUAUCCUGAAAAAAAGCAUUUCUCUGGUUUUCUCAAUGAUGGCAGCAAAGUUUGUCUUAUUUAAAUGGAUUCAACCACUUUUUGUUCUUAUUGAUAUUAUAAUAGUGUAAUAGAAACUACUUGACAAAAAAGAGCUGAAAAUAUGUUGAUGCAAAAGCAAACUGAAAUAAACAUUGAUUGAUGUACA